AUGAAUCCCCUUGCCCUUUUGGUCGCUUUCAUGCUGAUGGGGGACGUUAGGGCGAUAGUUGAACUGAACUGUAGUGAUAAUGCUACGUGUAUAGACCAUAUGGCUAAGGAGAUUCUAAGGAAUUUGAAGGAGCAGAAAUCUGUGAGGGUGUUCAAUGUGUUAACGAUAGAACCAUUGAGGACGAGGCAGGCGCGGUCAAAGGACUGGUGGCUGACAAACUUCUUGGAUAGUCACGCGUUUAGUUUUGACUGGAACGACUAUACCUUCAGACUAUCACAGGUGGACGGGCGCAAUGACGCUUUGGAUUUGGAGAUCUACGAUGGAAGAACUGCUAAAGACGUUUCGGAUCCGAACGCGAAAAAAUCGAGCAGCAAGAAUGAAGAAGAGAAACCUGAUGAUAAGAAAGCGGUCCACAAGUUGGGUCUACGCAGGCGUCAGAAGAAGAAAGUGAUGCAAGUGAUAAUCCCUCUUUUAUUCGGCAUGAAAUCAGCAGGGAUGGCAAUGUUUGCCAUGGCAAUAGUAACCGUGUUGACCUUGAAGGCAUUCUUAGCGAGCAAAGUGGCACUCCUAGUCACAGUUGGCAUGGCAGUCAAGAAGUUGUAUGAGACUUAUGGAAGUGGCGUCGGUUUACAAAACCACCCAUAUCUUUACUCGCAAUAUCCGAUCGAUUUUCCGAGCGCCUCCUCGCACGCAUACUCCGUUAGCGGAGUGAGCCCACAAUUCGCGUCACCGGAGAUGUAUAGCCCCACCGCGAUGGGUGCCCAUGGGCAGACCAAUGAAAUAAUACACCAGAGCGACGCGAGCGCUCAGCAGUCGCAACAGGCGCCCACAAUGCUCGUUAACUCUACGAGAGCGGCUGAGAGAUGGGACGGCUUCCGGAGACGUCCAAUGUUUUAUGGACAGUCGCGCGCUACUUCAGAAUCCUUUUCGGCCUACCGCCAUCGCCAUUGAAUCCAGCCCAGACUAUGACCAUGCCCAUGUUCGUAAUGCCACAGAUGUACGGUCCCCCCAUCACAAUGCCGCCGUCUCAGUAAACAAAAUUGGACACACACAUGGAUCAAGUGGCGAUUUAAAUGCCAAAUAUAACGCCAAGCUAAAUGCCAUUCUGUCACGUGGCUUGAUCCGAGUUUUGUGAUAAUCGUGGCAGUCUGGCAUUUAGCUUAAAAAACCAAUAGCAAUGUUUUAAUUUCCUGGACAUGGAAAUUAUUCUUUUCACUUCAAUUUGGCCUUGUCUCGUCCAGAUUUUAAGACAUUGCAACUCCCGACCUUAAAGACUGAAAACUUAAUUUUUGAAAUGCGCGAGCCCGUCGACUUUAUUUUAAUUGUAUUGUAAUUUAUUUUUAAGUUAUUUAAGACUUAUUUAUU